UGUGAAGAGACACUAUGAAUUUUCUUUUUUAUUUUUGUAAUAUAAAUGCUUCACUCUACAUUUUAACAGAUUUAUUUCAUAGAAAUCUGCGUUAAUAAACUUUUAUAAAUGCUUUAAAUAAAUGCAGUAUUUUUUUAAUUAUUCGAAGUUUUAAAAAUUUAAAAUUGCGUAUUCGAAAUAGUUUUUGAAAACGUUCGAUUCGAAGCAUGAACACAUUCGAACACAAGUGGAUUCGUUGACAAUUUUUCAUAAUGGGUGGAAAUUUAUUCAUUUUAUCUUUAAUAUUGAUGGUUUUUCGAAUUAUGGCUGAUGAAGAAUCUGUUAUUAAAACAAGUAAUUAUCAGAUAAGAAACGUAAAAACUAUUCAAUAAAGUCACUCCUGAAGGAAUGAUUAUGAAGGCACAGAGGAGAGCAUACAAGUUUCGACUACAAAAAGAUAAAUCGAAGUUUCUUGCAUCAGCUAAAGUAUUUUACUACGGACUCCAUCAAAUUCAAAAAUAUAAUCUUCCAGAGAUAUCUGGAACGUCUAUAUACCAAGGAAACUUGGAAGGAAAAAGCGAAGCAUUAAUUAUUGGUUAUUUCUACGAACAUCAAUUUGCAACUAACAAAAAUUCCUACGAUACAUUUAUAGGAAUUUUUCAGCACGGUUCUAACACGUAUUACUUGGAGUCAAUAGAGAAUUAUUCCUUUCCCGAGAACUAUAAACGUAAUUUUAUGUAUAACGUCCAAGACAUAGAGUUAAGACCAUCUUACCCGGAUGGGAGAUUAAUGUGUGAAGCAAGAAGAAAUAAAGGAUAUCUUAAAAUAAAAUCUUUUCGAGAAAAUUAUCAUGUCGAUAGUAAACUACAAAAUUAUAAUUUAUUCAAUAACAACUUACGAAUCAGCCAAACGAAAAUAUGCUCGUUAGAACUUGUAGCAGAUCAUACAUAUUUCGACUACAUGGACUUUGAUGUAUCAAAAAUCAUCGCAGAAAUGCUUUUAUACAUCAAGAUCGCCGAUUACAUAUUCCGAAAUACUGAUUUCGACGAAGACGGUCUCAAAGAAGAUAUCACAUUCAGUGUUGAGAAAAUUACCGUUAUGGAAACCGAUGGUCAUUUCCGUGAUAUUUUCGGAAUCCAAACCAAUGAUUACAAAGCAUUUCUACAAAGCUUGACGAAGUAUCAUCAUCCAUAUUGCAUGCUUAUCUGCUUCACUCACAGAGAUUUUUGGACACCUACUCAAUGCGCAGUUUCCAAAAUCAAUAAGAUCGGAGGAAUCUGUCCCGGACCGAAACCAUUAGAAAAGAAUAAUAACGUUGGUUUUGUUACCAAUUUAGAAAACAAAGAAAUUAUUCCUCGAUUUAGAAUACCGUUAAAUUUAGUACACCAACUGGGACAUGCAUUCGGCUGCCGAGACGAUCCUGAAGAUAAUCAAUUUUGUAGUCCUGGUGAUUUAAAUCCCAGACAUGGAAAUUAUAUAAUGCAUCCGAAUAUAUCGUAUGGUGCUUUCAAGAACAAUUGGAAAUUUUCUACCUGUUGCAAAAAUACUGUAAAGAACUUCAUACAGCAAUCAAGAAUAAAAACAUGUCUAUUGAGAAGAGAUUUAUCCAACUGCGGAAAUGGAAUCGUAGAAGAAGGAGAAUUGUGUGAUUGUGAUUCUUCAACAGAAAAUUGCACAGCUGUUCACAAGUGUUGCAGAAUUAAUGAAUACCCGUCUCAGUGUACACUGAGAAAUGGCAUGCUUUGUUCACCUAGCAAAGGACAAUGCUGUGACGACAAUUGCGAUAUUAUAGAAUAUCGAAAAAGGCAACCAUGCUUCAGUAACAUAGAAUGUUUUAAUAAUACUUCAUCUUGCAAUGGACGUUAUUCAUUUUGUCACGGAUCAAUGCAACCAGACGGGACACCUUGCAGACAAAAUUCUCGAACCUGUCACAAGGGACACUGCAAAAGCAACGUCUGUUUGGAUCACAGUAUGAAGCUUUGCCAAUGUAAGACUCGUCAUUCGGAAUGUCAUAUUUGUUGCAUGAAUGAAACGCGUACAUGUCGAAGCGCAAAAGACUUCCAAUUUUUUCCAUCUAAAGACGAACUUUAUUUGAAAAUUCCAGGAACUUCUUGUGAUAGUGGAUACGGAAUAUGUUCAAGGUAUGGUUACUUUAUACAAUACGCGCAUUUUAUUAAUGUGUAG